CUUACAAUGGCUGUUCCUCAUAGCUUUUACUUUCUGUUGUCUCUAACUCUUAUCUCUACGCACCUAACCACUAUCCAUGGAGUGUUCUCAGAACAAUCCCACAUCAAGUUACCCUCAGAUCAAUACCUAACAGAGAAACUGACCCAUCUCCACUUUUAUUAUCAUGAUAUUAGAAAUGACAAAAACCCAACAAUAGUGCAAAUUAUUCCAACACCUAAAGGUGUUCCUAAUGGGUUUGGCUCAACUUUUGUGAUGGAUGAUGCUAUGACUGAAGGGCCAGAGCUGAGUUCAAAGCAUGUUGGAAGAGCUCAAGGGUUAUUUGGUCUUUCUUCUUUGCAAGAUCUUGGGAUGACCAUGUUGACUAAUUUUGUUUUCACAGAGGAUAUCUAUGCAGGGAGCACACUUAGCAUGUUAGGGAGAAAUCCUAUUUCUGAGGAAAAUAGAGAAAUGCCAAUAGUUGGUGGCACUGGUGUGUUUAGGUUUGCUAGGGGGUAUGCCAUAGCAAAUAGUGUUAAUUCUGUUUCUACCCCUGAACAUUUUGUUGUUGAGUACAAUGUCACAGUGUAUCAUCCCUAAUUUACACUUUUGAGAGAGUGCGAUAUUGUAUGCCCUUAUGGCACCUAGAUGAGACUCACUUAGAGUUUGCUAAUGUAACCCUAAUAUAAAUGUAUGCAGCUGCUUUGUUUC